CUUGCUCGUGAAGCUCUCUUUUGGCGGCAACUGAAGCACCCGCAUAUAUUGCCCUUGUUGGGGAUUGACACAGAUUCCUUCGAGCCGCAUAUGUGCAUGGUCUCCCCACUAAUGCUCAAUGGUACUCUGUUGGACUACAUCCGACGUUCGGGGCCUCACAAUGUCGAUCGGAUGCGACUAUGCAUCGAGGUUAUGCAAGGUGUUUGCUAUCUUCACGAGAACAAAUUGAUACACGGUGAUCUCCGAGCGUGCAACGUAUUCGUCGACUCCACAGAACAGGCCGUGGUGUCCGACUUCGGCUUGAUCUCUUUCGUCGAGCAAUAUGGCGGAGAUGCAUCCUCGAGUUGCACUGGAAAUCCCAGAUGGAUGGCACCUGAGCUGCAAUCUGCUUGGGAGCACGUACGCAGAACCACCGCCAGCGACGUUUAUUCGCUCGGAUGCUUAUUCUAUGAGGUACGGUUCUGGAUGAUAACUCUGCACAAGCCAUUCGCUGAAAUACGCCGGGACGUGUCCGUUGUCUUCGAAGUGGCUCGGGGAGCUCGGCCCACUCGGCCCGCUGAGGAUCUCUUCCCAAUGCACGUCUACGCCGAGAACUUCUGGGGCAUUCUGGUUUCCUGUUGGUUGGAAAACCCAGACCAGCGCCCAUCUGCAGCUUCGUUACUUUCAUGCAUGCAAGCGCCUCGUUUGUACAAGACGAGGUUUCAAUCUCAGUAUGAGCAUCAACGAACCCAGACGGCUCCCGUCCAACGCAGAUCCAGGUGGAUAAUUGACUGUGUCGAAAUCACGCGUAAGCGCCCCCCGCCUUCACGGGUAAUGUCGAAUUCUUGUAUAUAG